AAUUUGAGAACCAAUUCAGCAUAUCACAGCAUCAGCUGGAGGAGCAGGGACAUCUCUACAUCACAGCAGAGGUCAAGAUGAGUCGCAAAAGGAAGCUGAGAGAUGACCAAGAACCUUUCUUGGUGCAACAUCACCCACUCACAUCUGACCAACUCUGUGAUCUCCUUGGUGCUCAGGAGGAUGAGGUGAUGGAGGCAGUUGUUUCACAGGUGUCUGAACCAAAAGCUGGACAAGUGUUCUUGGUUGACUGUGCAGGUGCACGAUUUGCCCGCUAUGACUACCACCGCUGGACUGCCUUCUACCACCACAAUGGCCUUGGUCCGCUACUGCCCCCAUCCACUCCCGACCCUCUGAAAGACUGGAUGGAAGUUCGCUACAACAAAAAACUUGGUUCUCAUGGGCACCUGGGGCAGGGCGCCAUUCGCAUUGUGUACAAGUUGAAGUCUGAGGAGCGGCACAUGGUGGAGGCACCGGGCGUGGCAGUGGCACCCUUCCGCAUCAUCCAUUACCUGGAGAAACUGCCAGCACAGGUGGAGAGCAGCAUCACACAACACCUGGAGGAGGAGGAUGCCCAGAUGCGCCUCCAGGAAGAAAACCAGCGCAAGGAGAGGGAAGCUGAGGAGAAGAGGAAGGAAAUGGAAGGAGCACAAAAGGGUGAAAGCAAAUUUGGGCGACGGAGAAAACCAAAUAGCCGGUACUCAGAACUGUACUCACUGGAGGCAAUUAGGGGCAAGGCAGCAAGUGGUGAUAGUCAGUCUGAUGAGGAACUAGCAGAAGCAGAGCCAAGCAGGGGCAUGAGCACUUUCCUGAAGAUGCCAGGGAUGAAGGCGAAUGGCAAGGGACAGCGAAGGGGUGGCAGGAUAGCGAGGGGAGGGCCUAGCAGGGGCUUCAGGGACACCAGUGGCUGCACUUGGCUGGAUGCAUAUGGACUGGAGAGAACCAAACCAAAAAGCUCGGCACUGUUUAGAAUGUGUGACGAUGAUGAUGAUGAUGAUGAUGGUGAUGGUGAUAGUGAUGGUGAUGAUGAUGGUGAUGGUGGUGGUGGUGGUGAUGGUGUGAAAGGAGGAAGUGAUGAGAAUGAAUCUAUUGAGGAAGAGGAAGAAGAGGAGGAGGAUGAGGAGGAGGAGGAGCAAGAGGAGGAAGAAAAAGAAGAGGAAGAAGAUGAUGGCAUGAAGAAUGAAGAUGGUGCAGAUAUGGUAGACUUUCCUCAACUUUUAGGAUAUGCAAUUGAUCUUUCUCCACAAGCUGGUGACUCUCCCACAACUGAUGAGGUCAAGAUUACCAUCACACAUUCUGACCCAAGUAAUCCCAUCUGCUCCGACGCCUCCAGUGCUGACAGUAGUGCCAUCCCUACCACAAUUCCUACUGAGGAGCCUUGCAAGAGUACUUCAGAAGGUAGUGGGACAGAAGGAGUUCUACCUCGAAGAAGGAAAUGUCUUGGCAGGCCGAGGUACAGGGGACUCCAGAAACUACCACUGAAGAGGAAAAAAGGAGAGAAGGAGGAUGAAGAGGAAAAGAUGGAGGGAGAAAAAGACGAAGAGAUAGAAAUGGAUUAUUCUCCAGAUGAAGCACGGCCCUAUAAACUCCAUGAAGGGCGGCUUUUCCAUGCAGAUGCUGAGGAUAUAUUCCGUCAGGCAGUGAAGGGAGACAUUGAGGUACAUCGCCUAGGUGUGAAGACUCCCAAAGCUGGAGCCCUGUAUGUACUCGACAAGGGUUUUGUUCCAUUCAGUGACUCUCUGCCAUGGUUGAGGGAAUACUACUAUCGCUCCCACAGUGUGCUUAUGGAACGCUUUACUCUCAGAGAGACACCCCGCCAACCCCACCCAACUGCCAAGACUCUCUUCACGUAUUCCACGCCAAACACCACACUCUGCAUCGUCCACUAUGAAAAGCCUGAGAAGAAUCACACACAGGUAGAGAAAGGAAAACUGAAAACAAAGAAGGGAAAUAAGAAGAAAAAAGACAAGAUGAAUAUUAAACCUGGAAUCUACACUGAAUCAAACUCAAACCUCAACCUGUCACUGGUGGAGGCCAUGCUAACCCGACCUGACCCCUCCAGACUUGUGUCAGCACCGGUGCUUAACCCACAGCCUUUCCAAGUGUACCUGCUGAGUGUACCUGCUCACAACACCUCCAAGGUACUGGACAACUACUGCUGGACUGACAAGGGAUUCAAGCGGUGGCCAACAGACUCCUCAGGGUCAGCCACUCGACUCCUCUGCUACCACUCCCCCAUGAAGAUCACCAGGAAUGCCAUGUGCACAGCCCUCAUGAGACAUGAGUUCCGCCUGCCCUCUCCUGACACCCAGGAUGUGCGAGUGGUUCACUACAUGCCCACCCGGGAGUUCAGGGAAUAUGUGGUGAUUGCAAAUGCUGCCAAACAGAUGCAGAAGGUGACAGAGGCAGUGUGGCAUGACCCUCCUGUAGCAGAGGAUGUGGCACCCCUUCAGACGUCCAGCUCCCGCCUGCGUCCCGGUGUGGUUUGGGAGCUGCUGACUCAAGGCAAUGCCAGCUGUGUUAUAUUGGUGCCCCAGGCUGGUGGUGUCUACCUCACUUCCCAUUGUGACUCCCCCGAUAUACUGGAGUGGGAGGAUAUGGCACAGCUCCAGAUCCAGCCACGGAUGUACCAGGUAUUGGAGGUGUGCCAGCGGGUGAAGGGGGACAAGCCGCGCCUCAUCAGACUCUGCUACACCUCCCGCAAGGUUCCCUACAAGGUGCUGGUGCAUUACUUGGGUGAUACAAGACCUUAUGUGAAUCUGAGUGUCAACGUGCUCACUGCUGCCGAUGAUGAUGAUACUCCUGCAGGUAAACAAAAAGAGCAAGGAGAACAAGGAACUGGACUGAAACAAAAGGAAGAUGAAGUAGAAGAAAAAGGAGGCAAAGAGGAGACAGAAAAGAUCAGCAUAGCCCAGUCUUACCUGAGAAAUGAUCAGCUGUACAAGAUAAGUCCACACCAUCUUCGGGAGGUCGGCUGUGUGGCAUUGAAACCCGAGGACCUUGAUGUGGAGGUGGAGGCCACUUUCCAGCAGUCCUCAAAUCAGCUGGAGGAAACCCUCAUUCCACCGGACAAGCCUGGGCUGUAUCACUAUGGACACCGCAUGAUGAAGAAAAGAAUUAUUCGUCUCCUGGAAAACUUAGACCGCAGUCGCAAGACCCAGUUACCUAUUAAGAAUCCUGAGGCAGGAGAGGCUUAUCUGGUCACCAAACCCACAAACAAGACUGUGAUGGAUCCUUACAAGUGGACACAGAAGGGGUGGACACCAAUACCACGCAAGGACCCAGUGGUUCUGUGGCGCUGGGGUCUGCUCCGCCACAAGAAGCACGCUUGGGCUCCACCACUCAUCCGCAUUGACUAUGUCCACCUCCACGUCAAUACUGAUUUGAUGCUCCUCCACUAUGUGCCAACCAAGGACAAUGAGAACAUGCUGGAAAUUAGGAGUGCAAUAGUACCACUGAGGACUGAGACCCAUACCUUGCUCUCAAUGGGUGACGUCAAUUUUGGGCAACACUCGCAGCUCCUCACCAACAGUCCUCUGCCACCCAGCCACAUCUGGGAGCUGUUGAGUGCUGGGGGCGGCCUCACACAGCCCAUCACUGAGCCCCAGCCUGGCGGUGUGUACGUCACCAACAUGGACUCCAAGGACAGACUUGACCUGUACUCCUGGAAGGUUUUGGGGGACAUCCGCCUCUCUUGCAAUGACUAUGGGCUGCUGGAGACAUCAGCCUUGGUGGAGUGGGGCAGUGGAGAGGUCAGACUGGGGCGCCUCACCUACCACACACCACUCAUCAGGGCCAGAACUGUUAUACACUACAUGGGUGACUGCAGACCCUACCUAGACAGAGCUAAGAAUGAGGAGCAGGAACGCCUCAAAAGACUGGAGGUCAUUGCAAAGGUCACCAAUUCAGCUGCCACACUUGACCUGACUCACCUGGAGGUCAGCACCAACCUUGGGUCAGCUAGGGGAGAUGGAGUGGGACGCGACCCAGCCACAGAGGCAGUUGGAUCAAUUCUGGCUGGCUUAGGAAGUAACAUUAUGGAUUCUGACACUCUGAACCAAACCUUUGCAGAGUUAGGAGGAGAGGUGGAGGGGCUUUGUGAUGGAUCACCCUCCACCACCUCUCCUGCUGUCACUCGCCUGGAGGACCAACACCUGCAGGACUCCACCCUUCCACCCAUACAAGUGGCUUAUGGCUCCAUCUCCACCACUGCACUCGUCAAUCAGCUGUUUCCGGAAGGGCUGCCCAAGAUUACAGUUCAGAAGAUACUGAGCCCCAUAACCUUCAUUCCUCAUGAGAUACUGGAAGUGGAAGAGGGAGAGGUUGGCCCACUCAGGAAGCGUCGCACAGAGCAGCACCUUCUGGAGUUACCUGAGAUGAAGAAUGACACAAAGGAUGAAGAGCGACGGAUGCUGCGAGGGCCAUACAGGGCCAUCCCACGCACCCUGCAGGACUGGAAUGAAGAGGAGGAAUGUGAUGAUGGUGGUGAUGGAAGCUGUGAGGGGCAGCGCAAGACUCGCCUUGAGAUCACCACCACUGAGUCACGCACCAUUGUUUACAUCCGCCAGCAUCACACUCUGACAGAGAAACAGCUGGACCACUUCCUCUGCAACCCAGAUGUCAGCAGGGUAUCAUUUCUUCCACUCAUUGACCCACAGCCUGGUGAUGUGUAUGUGGUGGCUAUACCCUACAGAAAAGGAGAAGUGCGGCGUCUGGAUUGCCAUGACUGGUACGUCACUGGACACAAGAAGGGCAAGUUCCGGCGCACCUACAGCUACAUCAAGGACCAGGAGGGGAACACCAGCCAUCGCCUCCUGCGCUAUACUUACGACUAUGCUUGGGAGGAUAGUCCAGGCCUCCGAGUGGUGCAUUACAUCCCUGGAGACCCACGGCAUCAGGUGCUGUGCUGUGGAAAGAAGCCAAACUAUGAGGAGGAGCCUGAAGGGAAAGGAUCUGGUCCUCUUUACCGAGCUUACACAGCCUCCAUGACUUACCGAGAUGUGCUGCUUAUCAUGAAUGACCCUCCUUUAUACCAUGUGUGUGAGCUGCCCAUUCAUGAUCCCAAGGCAGGGGAUGUGUACAUCAUCAAGGCUCCAUCCCUGGCUCUUGCACAGCGAGAAAGCAUGUAUGACAACCUGAUCUGGACUGAGGGUCAGGUCAAAAACGUGGGAGGCAAGCGGCCAGCACUGCGUAAGACCAAGUACCUCUCCUUUGACCCCUCGGACGGAACAAGAUCAGAUGCCUUUGUGCGGGUGACCUGGGAGAGACUGCUUGACCCAUCUGAGGUCACAGCCCAGCUGGGGGGAGGUCACAGACGGCAGCCGCUAGUCAUCAUUCACUAUUUGGGUGAUGAAACAAUGGCUGGUGAAAUGAUGCGGAGAGGCAAGGACGGCACGCUUCACCUGCGACAGAUCCAGCACUACAUGGAGACUGGCUCUUACCUGCCCUCAGUGCACAUCACAGAGAAGAAUAGCAUCAGGAAGUCAGCCAAGAAAUUUACCAUUGAAAAUAACAUCCUGUAUUACAUCAGCAAGAGCCAGAGGGAGAUGAGACGUGUGUUGUACACCAAUGAGGAGAAGAACAAGGCAUUUGAGGAGUGUCACAUCAUGCCCAAGACUGGAGAACACUGUGGUCGCACUAAGACACUGAAGAGGCUCUCAGAGAAGUAUUACUGGACUAACAUGGUGGAGGAUUUAGUGGCCAUGAUUGUGAGAUGCAAAGCAUGUGAGUUCAAUAAGUUGAAUCGACCCAACCAGAGAUUUGUGCGAGUGACUGAACCAUGGGAAGUGGUCAGCAUUGACAUCAUAGGUCAGUUUGUAGCAUCAAGUUGUGGCAAUAAUUUUGUAGCUGUCAUCAUUGACAUGUUUACGAAAUACACAGUGGUGGUGCCUCUGCGUGACACCACUGUAUCCGAUGUGACCUCUGCCCUAGAGACAGCUGUGUUUCUGCAAGGCCCUCCCAGGAAGUUUAUUUCAGAUCAGUGUGAGGAGUUUGUGCAGGAGCUAAGCCUGGAGCUGGACAUGCGGCUUGGGGUGAAUGUGGUGGCUGUCAGCAAGACACAGAUGAAUCGACCAGAGGAGGCCAACAUCAAGACCUCUAUCCUUCACCACUGCCUUGAGGCUGAUGCUGACUGGAAGGACCAGCUACAGAAGAAGGUGUAUGAAAUCAAUACAGAGUACAUGACAACAAGUGGCUACACUCCCUUCUACCUCAUGUUCCACAGGGAGCCACGGCCCAUUGACGGGAGUCUGAGUCUGAGGGUGAACAGCAAUAGCAAGCCAACCUUCUUAGUGCGGGACAUUGAGCCGUACAUGGAAGAAAGGGACCAGCGUGCCUCAGAGAUAAUCAAUCAGGUGUUGACAGGCCAGCCAGCAACUGAGAGGACCAAGGUGUAUCUGGAGGAGGCAGGGGCAAGUGCAAGAGAGGCUGGGGAUCUCCUUAAUGGGGUGCUGGAAGAAGGUGGUGGGUCAGUGUACGAAAUGGGAGAUGGAGAAGGACACGUGGUGGUGGUGGCAGGAGGUGUGGCAGGGCUGGAGGGAGGUGGGGAUGGAGGGGAGGAGGAGGGGCAGCACAUGGUAGUGGUGCAACCAGGAGUUGGAGAUCAAGGUGUCAUCAUGCUAGCUGAGAACCAGGUCAUCAUGGAAGCAGUGGCAGGGCAGCAGUUUACUUACUUACCUUCCUCGUGAUCCAAGGUGCUGUGAGAUUGGUGUGUGUGUGAUUUUGUUUCUAUUAUUUAUUGUUCUUUUUCUUCCCUUUGUGUUUCUGUUCUGUUACCCUCAGGUUGCAUUAGUUUCUGCCUCUUACCUUUAUUUAUUUUCUCACAUCUCAUUUCAUCCUUCAUCUAUCUUUUUCAUCCUUUUCUUUAUUUACCAUUCUCUGUCUCCUUUGUGUACUUCCCAUUCUGAUUCCUCUCAUUCUUCUCUCCUCUCAUAUUAUUCAAGUUCUCUCCUUCAUAUCAUUCAGUUACCCAUCUUGUCAUAUCAUGUGUCCAUUUCAGAUGUGAAGCCAGAGAUUGCUUAUUCAUUGCUUAUAUAUAAUACUGGACAAAUGACUGACAACACAUCACAUAGGUGAGUGACUGUAUUACUGACCAAGAAUGCAUCUGAGGAAGUGAACAUUCCAUACCUCACCACCGUCAUUCAGGUGACUGGAGAUUGACAGUCUUCUCAAGACAAUC